AAAAAUAAUGAAACAUUAAGUUCAAGUGAAAUCAAAAGUUCCGUUCACUGACUUUGAAGAAUCUUGGGUAUAUUAAUGAUAUGCUUAUAAUGGAAAUGCAGACGUCGCCUCAUCUUAGCCAUGGGCCCACGACACUCUCGCCGGUCCCAGCUCUUGUGCACCAGCAUCAGCAUCAUAUCAUCCACCAAUCGCACACGCAAAACCAGGCCAUGUCCUUGCACAGCAGCCAGUCAUCCCAAAAUCAGCAUCAACAUCAGCCUCACUUGCUUCAAUUACCACAGCAGAUGGGUGCCUCACCAACAUUACACACAAUUCAAAACUCGUCGACAGCAGAAUAUCUCUCCGUUAGCAUCAGCACAAAUCAGCAUCAACAUCAAAAUUCGGCCAGUCUCGUCUACAGUUCUGCUUCAACACAUUUGGAUGAAAAAUUAAAAGUACACAAGUUUGAUGAUUAUUCAAACAGCAUUGGCCGUAGCACUACAACCUCGACAAUACAAGAAACGUCUGCGGGUCCUGGAAAUAAUUUUCUAGCUCAGUCACAUGGAUCCGUUGAAUGGAUGACGGCUUUAACUGAUGCACAGAACGGAACAGAAGAUUCGCAUAGUUCACAAGGCAGCAUUUCUGGUGAUGGUCAUGGUGGAGUUAAUCAAUUGGGUGGCGUAUUCGUAAAUGGUCGACCCUUACCAGACGUUGUACGGCAGCGUAUUGUGGAGCUGGCGCACAAUGGUGUUCGUCCGUGCGACAUAUCACGGCAACUACGAGUAAGCCACGGAUGUGUUUCCAAAAUUUUAUCAAGAUAUUAUGAGACUGGUAGCUUUAAGGCUGGAGUAAUUGGCGGCUCAAAGCCCAAAGUGGCAACGCCACCGGUGGUUGAUGCAAUAGCGAAUUAUAAACGCGAGAACCCUACUAUGUUUGCAUGGGAGAUACGGGAUCGGUUGUUGGCGGAAGGUAUAUGCUCGCAGGAUAAUGUACCAAGUGUAUCAUCAAUAAAUCGUAUUGUGCGUAAUAAAGCAGCAGAAAAAGCAAAACAUGUGCAUCAUCAUCAUCAGCAGCAACAUCAGAUGACUCAAAACUUAAGUAGCGGUCCAAAUGCUUCUGAGAGCCUUGACAGUAGCUCAGGUGUGGGAGCUGGACAUGAUCAAAUAACACCAAGCACUGGAGACAAUGCCAACAGCACCACCAACACUAAUAAUACCAAUACAUCAGCAUCAGUUAUAGUGCUAACUCCAAACACUCCCCAAGAAUUGGGUCCAACUGUUGCUAAUAGCGUAGGUGGUGAUGGAAUCGGGCAACAUAAUAAUAAUGCAAAUGAUAAUUCCACCAACUCUACGAAUCAGCAGAUUACAGAACAGCGGCCGGCUGCUUCCGGUUAUAGCAUAAAUGGCAUUUUAGGUCUACAACAUAACCAUCAAAUUCACAAUAAUAAUGGACAUAAUAGCAACCACAUAUCGGAGUCGAGUUGCAAACGCAAACGAUCUGAAGUCCACGACGAAAAUCGUGAUGUCAAUAUGCACUCAGAAGAUGAAGCUAAACGACAUCGGCUGGGCUAUGGUGCGGAUCAAACAUAUCCAAAUAUUUGGUCUGGAAAAUGGUGCAUCAAAGAUGAAAACAAGCUUCUAUCAGAGCUAGGAAGCCUGACAGCAGCCAAUGGAAGUGGCUCAGCGGCUUAUUAUGAGACCCCGAAUGUAUUUCCGUCAAGCACUAUUUCAUGUGGAAACGUCGGAGGAACGGCUGGUAACGAUUCAUCUAUGGUGUACGAUAGCAUUGCCACAAUAUCGCAAGGUCAGAGCACACUAUACACGUCACCAAUUGGCCCACCAAUCGGCAAUAGUUCGCUCACUCCCCUUGUGCCUAUAAACUUGCAAGAAAUUAAAUUUAAUGGAAAUAUGCAGGAACAAGCCCUUUCACCUUUUUAUACAGCAAUCACCAUUGAAAAUGGUAAUUACUCCACGAUAACAAGUUUGGAUACCGCCGGAACUGUGUUAAGAGAGAAUGAAGACCCAAGGAAUUGUAAAACUACAAAAGUAAUGCAAAACAAUGAAUCUGUGAAAAACCCAGCAGAAAAGUUCAUCAGGGACGAAAACGAUAACAACAAGUGUCACCGCAAUGAUAUAAACAAGCACCAACGAACUAUUAACAACCACUUAAACCAUAAUGUACCCAUGGCUCAACUAGUGACGGAGCAAAUUCAAGAACAGGAACAGCUUUCAGAGAACGGAAAUGGAAAUACCUCAUCUUUAAUACUCUUACAGUCUAAUGUUAAUGCCAACCCAUCGACGGUCGAUGAAAGACUCAAUGUUGAUGCAAUUGCCAGUACUAGUGGCUCUAUAUAUUCUACACCAACAAUGCUUCCUAGUUUUAGCCAUUACUCCGCAGCGUGCGGGUCGGUGGUGCCUACAACGGACUACGCUUAUACUCCUGCCUAUACGCAAUAUGGUAGUGCCUAUGGAUCCUACAGUUACGGAACUAGUAGCGGCUUAAUAAACUCGUCUUAUUACUACGAUGGAGGACAGAGCGCUGCAUCCCUAAACCAAGAUUUGCGCUCUCCGCUUGCAGCAACCAGAGCCAAUUCAUUAGCUUCAGCUGCAUCACCCACUGGUAGUGCGUGCACAAAGUCGGAAACAUCAGAUAUUUUCCUUGUCUAGUGCCUGCAAUUAUGCUGACGCCACUUUGCGCAGUUUAAAUACUUUCAGCGUAUAUCAAAGCACAAAGUUGUUAUUUAUACAUCUUUUAUUAC